AUGGUCCCUGCUUUCGUUGUCACUGGUCUUGGUCUUCUGAAGGAAGGGGUUCAGACAAACUGGUGGGGCCUAGCUUGCCCAGCGCAUUGCCAGGGAUCCGGAGCGAUCCUUUUACUGGCGAUCUUUGUGGCUGGUUGGCUCUCGGGGGCUCUGUGCGCUCUUCUGGCCGGUGCCCAGUCGGGCUGCGAGGCAGAGGGCCGCACGUCUCCGGGGGAUCCGCCUCCAAACACCUCCUCCCCUUCCUCGACGGGCUCCUUCACCCUCGUCGAACUCCCUCCUGACCAGGCCUCCUCUUCCCUUGCCGGCUACUUGCCUGAGCUUCAGAGGCUUUCCCCCCGUGUCCUAAGCGCACCCCCUCCGGCGCGCCCUACAGCCAGUCCUCCUCCUUUUCCUUCCUCCUUCGUGGUGCCUGAGUACCCCUUGCAGGGCUCUUCAGCCCCUCCUGCUCUUGAGCAGCCAGCUGAUCCUCCUGCCUUCAUUGCGGAGACUGCUCGUUUCCUUUCGGCCUGCAACCUCAGCCCGAGGAGCCGCAUCACCCGAGCUUGGCGUGCCGGGGUGAGUGCUGGGAAGGUCCUGUCGGGUGUCUCAGAUUACGCCGAUAAGACUCCGAAGCUCACGGCUAAGAACAGGAUCUACUGCGUUCUCCGCACUCGUGCUGUUAAGGUUCCGGCUGUGUACAAGAGCUUCGCCGAGUACAGCGCGGUUCCGGGCAUCCUUGAGAGGUUGGAGUCGUCCUUGGUCCCGGCCUCUUCGGGGGUGGUCGAGCUUUUGGAAUUAGUGUGGCCCCCUGUCCCUGAUCCUGACGGUCAGCGAUCAUGCGUCUGCUACGCCCUCUUGCUGCGGUCGGAUGGUUUCUUGCUUUGUGUUCCGGAGGAUUUCUUUCUUCCCGGAGAGUUGGAGAGCUCGGAAGAGGAUGUCACCGCCCGGCCGGGCCCUUCGCAUCGAGUGCAAGCUUCCGCGGUGGCUCUGUCCGAAGACGGGGAGUGGCGAACCGUUCCCGACCGCGAGCCAAUCCCGGCCCUUGUUGUGGACUUUCCUUCACAGGUCACGCCUUUCCUGACUCCUCUGGAUCCCGACGUCUUUGUGGGAAGUUACUUCGUGGAUGCCGAGCCUACUCUUUACCCUUUGGCCGCCGAAGUCUUGGUGCAAGCCCGCCACUGGAUUUUGAACGAAGGCGGAGGCCCCUCCUCGGGAUAUCAGACGGCGGUUUCGGAGGUCCCAGUGCCAGCUCCCUCGGACCCAAAGCGUGGCUCCAGACCAAAACGGCCGACCAUGGCUCAGCUAGCCCAGCAGCAGGCCAGCUUGACGGAGAUGGUCGCUCGUAUCAGCGAUCAGUUGGAGGCCCUCCGAACUUCAGGUGCGAGGUCAGGUCCACAGGCGCAGGCACUCGGCCAGCAGCCAACUGUUCAAACAGGGGCUCAGGCUCUUGUUCCCUCGGCCCAGGCCGCUGCCCCGCGGCAGGAGCUUCAGGCAGCCCAGGAAGGUGCACAGGUUCAGGCGUCGGCAGCUCACGUCGGGGUCCCUCAGCAUGCGCGUCAGGCAGCCCAGGAAGGUGCACAGCUAGCUGCCGCCAUUACUUCAGGAGAGUUGCCCGACAUGCGGCCUCAAGACGAUCUGACGGCGGCUAUGGUAGCCCAGAGCAGGGCCCUGUUGACUUUGGUAGGGCAGAUGGCGCAGGCCGGGGAUCCGAUUCUGGACCCUAGCUCCUCUUCAAGCGUUUCCGCCAGAGGCUCUCAGACCCGCCAGCGGUUGCAAGCCGAGCUGGCCCAGCAUACAGGGGGGUUUGCCGAGAAGCUGAAAGAGCGGGCGCUUGCCCGGAUGGCCCCCGCGGGGGUGGGCUCCACCGAGCCUUUCUCUCUUUGCAGGUAUCACGAGAGUUUCGGAGGCUAUGCAAAGUUCAAGGAGCAAGGCCUGGUGGCUUGGCAAGUUGCCAUAGCGUUCGAUUUGCUGAUGUCGGGCAAUACCUCGGGAGCCGCGGAUUCCCUCGCCCUUCUGGCUCUUUAUCUGGACCAGGCCACGUUGGACCAGGGAUCGACUACGAUAGCGUGGCUGCUCACGCUUUUGCAAGAUCCACCGCAGAGCCUCUUCACCGACAGCCAGGCGCCGCCGGGCAUAAGCGUUCAGCCCUUCAGCCAGUUAGCGGAUCAGAAAUGGAUCACAUCGGCAUUGGGUUUUCUGAAAGAGAUGGAUCUCAUUGCCACCCGCCGCCAAGAAGCCAAAGCAAAGCCGAAGAAGCCUCCUGGAGUUCCUCCGCCCCCCGCUCUAACCGAAGAGACAGGCGGCCCAGUGGGCAGCAAAGAAGGCGGCCCAGGCUGCCGGAAGCGGUGUGGCAAAGUAGGCCAGCGGGCCUCUUCUGCAUGCCUCCCUUCGGGGCCUACUCCCUUGGACUUCGAUGGGGAAUUCAGUUUUUCUUCUUGGGCGAACUCGCUCAUUCGUCUCGUCCUUAAGUCUGGGACGUCUUUUGGCCACUUUCUUUCAAAAACUUUGCACCUCCACCGGAGCGAUGAUCUUGCCGCUCCUACCGCCCUUUUCCCGUUGCCUGCUCCCUUUCCCUCGCCCAUCGGCGGGAUGACAAGGAGGCGAGGAGGUUCUCGGAGGACCCCCGUGCACUUAAAGUAUGCGCUUCAUGUUCUUACCAUGGGCUUGAACUUCGUGCAUUCGGGAGGUCAUCAUGUCCCUCCCCACGUGUUGCGGAGGCCGCCGGCUCCGGUGCACUUGAGAGUGUUCCGUCGCCUUUCCGGCUUUCUUCGGGCGUGUUGCCGCCGCGGGGCCGUCGUCCCCUUUUGUGCAGGCAGAAGAGGAGCUCAUCUUGUUGCCAGGCAAAAUGAGCUCAUUGACUUUUUGGCUGCGGCCGGCUUGGGCGCGUCUUCAUAUGACGGGCUUGGUGCUUCGCUUGGCAGGGUCCCUCACUCCCCGCUCGGGCCCGAGUCCCUUCGCCCUUUUCAGGCCUUGCAAGCUGAUUCCAUGGUGCUCCACGGAGAAGCGAACUGGGACAUUGGGCCGUACCUUGAUCCUUCAAUGUUGAUGGCUUUCAAAGAUCCCCUGGUUUUGGAGUUUGCCGGGACGGGUGGCCCAAAGCCUUCUUUCGCUCGAGAGAGCCCUGCUGAGUUGAUGAAACUUAUGCUGGUGUGGGACGCCAAAUCACUGCUUAGCCUUCGACCAGGGCCCGUCGAUCCUAGUUGGUGUUCGAGGAUUUUUGGUUCCUUUAAGGGGCCGGGUAAGUUCCGACAGAUUGGUGAUCGUCGGGGUCCAAACUCUUACGAGGCUAAACUCGAGGGCGUCUCUCACGAGCUGCCGCAGGGGUUUCUGCUCACGCGGGUUUCGGUUCCCAGGUUUUCUCACCAGCUGCUGGGUAGCACGACGGAUCGAAAGGAUUUUUAUUCUCAGUGCGGGGUGAGUUACGAGCGUGCCUGCUCCAACGCGGUACGGCCCAUUUUUCGGCUCGGUGAUUUUCUUGGGACGAAGGCCUUCGAGAAGUAUGUUGCCUGUGUCCGGGCGUCGACGCUUCCUCCUGCGGCUUUCGCUCACUCCAGGUGUCCUCCCGAUGUUCCCCGGGCCGCACUUCUAGACCUUGAUUGUCCUGUGCACGGCUGUUUUUCGGCUCUUUUCCAAGGCGAUGCCAGUGGAGUGGAGUUUGCCACGGCUGCACAUGCGAAUUUCUUGGCUCUUGAAGGGGUCUUGCCCUCCGCCGAACAUGGCCGACUUCUCGCUCAGCACUCCGUUAGCCGCCGUGGCCCCUGGACCGGAGUCGUGAUAGACGACUUUUUCUUUGUCUCCUGCGAGGAGAUUGCCCGGGAUCGAGGUCACAUCUCUGACUCUGAGAGGAUUGUUCGCAGGGCAAAGAAAGGCUACCACCGUCUGGGCGUCAAGGGCUCCGACGAUAAGGACCUGUUCUCCUCGGAGACCUUUACCGUUGCUGGCGCUGAAUGCGACUCCUCUCUUCAGAGUGUCCGCGAGGGACUGGUCAGCGUCGCCUCUCCGGUCUCAAAGCGUUUAGCAUUGUCUCUUGUCAGCCUGCGCUCCGCUGCCAUGCGUUGGGCCACUGAGGAGUUGAUUUCACAGCUUGCUGGGGGCUGGGUUUCAGUGUUGAUGUUUCGACGCUGUGCGAUGGCCCUCACCAACAAGCUCUUCUCUUUGGGGGUUUCCAAGCCCACUGGUGAGGCGGGCUCGGCUCUUGUCCCUCUCACGCCUCAGGUCAGGCAGGAGCUUGCGUUGCUCGCUGUUUUCGCACCCGUGCUUGCAACCAACGUCGCAGCCCCCUACGCGAAGCAGAUCUUUGCCUCAGAUGCCUCGCUGGGCCUUGGAGCCUACACAAGCGCACGAGUCCCAGAGCCAGUCGCUGCCUCGGUUUGGCUUUCUUCCGACUCUAAGGGCUUUUACACGAAGCUUGAGGAUCCGUGGCGAGCCGCCCUCUCCGCUCUGUCUUGUGAGCCUCUUCUUGGGUGCCCCGAUACCCUUGAGCUACAAGAGGCGCCUAACCUUCGGAAGCCCGUGAGCCAGUGCUUUGACUUCCUCGUUGCGGGGCCUGCUCCUGUUGCACUUGUGACGCGCCUAAGUUCCCUUGGCUUUGUCGGCGGGCCGGUGCUUGACGCAACAGCCUCAAGGCAUCUUGAUCUCAGGGAGGCUGAUGCAAUUGAGUGGGGCAUGCACUUGUUGAUGAAUGACCGCCUUGGAGCUCUCGUUGUCUACCUUCCGAGUGGUGCCUUGUCGGUGCUCCACGCCUCCUCGAGUGCAAAAGGAAAUCUGGGGCCCACCAGCAAAAGGAGCUCCGCCGCCUCCAGACUUGCCUCUGGUGCUUGUGCUCUCUUUUGGGUCGCCUGGCGAUGUCGAGUCCCAGCCGUGCUUGUUUGCGGGGGAAUGGCUGCUUCGAGGUACCUCGGAUUCGUUGAGAAGCUCGACGGUGUGAGGAUCAGGUCGCUUCCUGCUUGCUCAUUCGGGCACUGUCACAGAGGGUCUGUCACGCUGUACCUUUCAGACCUCAGGCUGGUUCCUGUUGCGCCGCCCUCUUCUUGUGUUUGCCAGGUGCCCAAAAACCCUAGCCCAGGACACUGCCCUACGGUUAUCGAGCUUCUCGUUUCCGGCAUCGCAUCCUCUUUGAGGGCUCUUCCGCCCAGGCGCCUUGAAAGGAAAGGGCUAGAAAGCCUCAUUGUCAAUGACCUCCUGUGCACUGCAAAGUGGCGAAGCGGUCCCGCCUGGCACUGGGCCGAACGUAGUCACAUCAAUGUGCUGGAGGCAGAGGCCUAUGUGAAGGUGCUCCGUGACCUUGCUGUUGGUCAAGGUGAUCUGCGUUACACGCAUGUGGUGGAUUCGUCGGUCACUUUGGGUGCCACCUCAAAGGGUAGGAGCUCCACCAGAGCCCUGCGCCAUGUCUUGCAGCAAAACGCUGCGCUACAAAUUGCGGGAGGCCUCUAUCCCUCCGUCACUUUCGGACCCACAAGGUUGAAUAUAGCCGAUGACCCGACUCGGCUCACCAACCUUAGGCCUCCGCAAGAGCACUCUCUCGUGAGCCUUCUCGGCCCAGGUGAUCUUUAUCUCGCGUGCACUUUCAAGCAGCUUCGGCGUCCUUUGGCAAAUUUCCUGAGACUUGCCUGCCUUCUUGUAGGGUUUAGGUCCCCUAGGCCCCUAGGUGGUUUCCUUCGCGCCCUCACCCUGCCUUGGCGAAAGGAGCGGUGGUUCGCUGAAGUUGAGAGAGUCUCUUCCUGCGCUAGGUCGGACCCUCCUCUGCCUUUCUCUGGUUUCGACGCCACUCUUGGUUUCCCAGGAGAAGGGCCUUUGCUGCCUAGGGAGAGGCAAGACGUCGAGCGACAACAACGUCGUGCUGGCUCACAACUGCCUUCUGGAAGACCCGUUCAACCUCGGACUCGGACUAACCGCGAGACUCUGUUGAGGAGUUUCCAGUCUUGGCUGCAGGAGCGUGGUUCUUCUCUUGAAGCUUUAGAGGCACUUCCUUUGGAUCCGGCGAUCAUUGGCAGGCACCUCACUACCUACGGCCGCGAGCUUUUUGAUAGUGGGAGGCCUUACUGGCACUUCAGCGAGACAGUAAAUGCCAUUGCUGCCCGCAUUCCCUCAGUGCGGAGGCAGCUACAGGAGCCAUGGGAUCUGGCGUUUUCGUGGUUAGCCCUCGAGCCCUACACGCAUCAUGUACCCAUGCCUUUGGUUCUUUUACUGGCUACACUGUCGUGCUGUUUGAUAUGGGGAUGGAAACAGGAAGCAGGCAUAUUCGCCCUCGCUUGGGGUGGAGUGCUGCGUAUUGGUGAGGCGACCCAGGCCAGACGAGCUGACCUCAUUCUCCCCAGUGAUGUUUUGGGCCUACAACAAUACAUUUUGCUGAGAAUCUGUGAGCCGAAAACUCGGCUGAGGACGGCUCGACAUCAAUCAGCAAAGGUUGAGCCAUCUGAUCUUGUGAGGCUCAUCACUCUGGCUUUUGAAGAUACAGCUCCUUCCGAGCUGCUCUGGAAGCGAUCGUCUCAAACCUUGCGUCGGCGACUUGACCUUAUCCUGGGACGACUCGGGGUCGUCGCACGUUCUAACGAGCGUGCGAUUGACCUUGGGUCGUUCCGACCUGGUGGUGCAACUCACCUGCUUCAGCUGACUGAGGACAGCGAGUUAGUGCGCAGGAGAGGACGGUGGGCCUCCCACCGGGUGAUGGAGAUCUACCUUCAGGAGAUUGCCUCCAUCGUCUUUCUGCCGCGCCAACCUCUUUCGACGCGUCAGCGCAUCUUGAGUUUUGCCCAGGCUUUCCCAGGGCUUUUGGACAAGGCCGAACAGUGGACAAAGCAGCAGCUCCCGCCGCAAGCUUGGUUUUCUCUUUUCUCGGCCAGCAGCUAG